AUGGCGGAAGAUACUGGGGGUCAAGAAUGGAGACAGAAGAUGGCAACCAUGAUGAAAGAAUUUGAGGAACGAUGGGAGCGGAGACAAGUGGAGUUGAGGAAGGAGACUGAGGAGCUCAAGAAUCUGUUAGCAAGUAUCAAUCUUCAACACAAUGAACUUGCUGCUAAUAUCAAUCAAGCAGGAACAUCUCAGACUAGAGAUCGUUCUAUGAAUGAUUCUGGCCAAUCUUGGAUGCAUUAUCCAAAAUUGGAUUUCCCUUGUUUUAAUGGUCAUGAAUUAGAAUCUUGGCUAGUUAAAGCAGAUUACUAUUUCGAGGUAACCAAUACAUUACCUAGAAAUAAGGUGAAGUUAGCUGCCUUGUAUUUGGAAGGAAAAGCUUUGCAAUGGCACCAAGGGUACAUUGGGCUUAAGAGGCAGGAGGUUUAUGAGAAUUGGGAAAAAUGCAAGAAAAAGCAAGUGUUUACAAUGCAAUUGUUGGUGGAUGAGCGUGAGGAUGAAGUGGCUAAGAGAAUUAAGUGUCCAAUGGAAGAUGUUACUGGAGUCAUGGUAGAGAAUUUGUUGUAUAAAUAUAAAGAGGUUUUUGAAGAACCUAGGGAGUUGCCACCAAAAAGACUUUAUGAUCAUAAGAUUCCUUUAAAGGAGGGCUCUCAACCUGUCAAUAUGAGACCCCACAAAUAUGCAGAACUUCAAAAAGAUGCCAUUGAACAGAUGGUUCAGGAGAUGUCACAGGCAGACGUAAUUCAGCAUAGUAGCAGCCCAUUUUCAAGUCCAGUAGUCUUAUUAAAGAAGAAAGAUGGUACUUGGCGAAUGUGCAUUGAUUAUAGAGCCUUAAAUUCUCUCACUAUUAAAGACAAAUUUCCAAUCUCAGUCAUAGAGGAGUUGUUGGAUGAGUUAGGCCAAGCUGUGGUGUUUUCAAAGAUGGAUCUCAGAUCUGGAUAUUGGCAAAUAACAAUGGCUGAUGAAGACAUCCAUAAGACUGCUUUCAAAACUCAUGAAGGUCAUUAUGAGUUUUUAGUUAUGCCAUUUGGGCUAACCAAUGCACCAUCAAUAUUUCAGGCAUUGAUGAAUGCUAUUUUCAAGCCAUUUCUGAGGAAAUUUGUCUUGGUUUUUUCGAUGAUAUACUCAUCUACAGUAAAUCACAUGCUGAUCAUAUUCUACAUUUGGAGUUGGUGUUGCAAGGAAUUAGCCAUUGGCUAA